GGCGUUAGCGUGUUGCAUAUUUUUCAAGCGUACUUCGUACAGAUGUCAUGCUAGCGUAAACGUCACUGAGAAUGUCAUCUGCCACAUCUGCCUUGUCAAAAUCCACACACACGGAUCAGUGUAGCGUACUGUAGCACAAUGUUCACGUGAAGCACACUCAUAUUUGUUUCCCAGCACAAUGGAGAACCACGAAGAAGAUGAUGUAGAGGAACUGCGCUCGACGGUCUAUACAUUCCCACCAAGUGUGCAGAGUGUAAUCGAAAAGGUUUUACCUAGUACCGAUCCAUUAGAUCAGCCUAAUCUCAAUGUAGUGGAUUACAUAAAUUCUCUAUUUCCUACUGAACAAUCUUUAUCAAACAUUGAUGAUACAGUAAACCAAAUGGAACUUAAAAUAUAUGAUAUUGAUAGAGAAAUAAGAUCAGUCGUACAUGGCCAGACAAAUGUUGGUCAAGACGGUAGAGCAGCAUUAGAAGAUGCGCAAAAGGUGAUAAGACAAUUAUUUGUCCAAAUAAAAGACAUAAAAGACAAAGCGGAACAAUCAGAGGAAGUGGUUAAAGAAAUCACAAGGGACAUCAAGCAAUUGGAUUUUGCCAAGAGGAAUCUCACUGCCUCGAUAACAGCAUUGAAUCAUUUGCACAUGCUUGUGGAAGGAGUGGAUAAUCUAAAAGUUUUAACUCAGAAGAAACAAUAUGGAGAGAUUAUUCUACCACUGCAAGCAGUGAUGGAAGUGAUGCAACACUUUAGCAAUUACAUUGAUAUACCACAAGUGAAGGAAUUAUCUGAUCAGGUACAUCAGAUUCAUGUUGAGUUGGCCCAGCAGAUUACGGCGGAUUUCAAACAAGCUUUCUCAGGGCAAAAUCCAAAGCAUUUCAAUCAAUUGACAGAAGGAUGUUUGGUAUUAUCAGUAUUAGAUCCUAAAGUGAAGAAAGAUCUGCUCGUCUGGUUUGUAAAUAUUCAAUUGCAAGAAUAUGCAGUUUUGUUCGAUGAGAAUCAAGAUUUUGCUUGGUUGGAUAAAAUAGAUCGAAGAUACGCGUGGAUCAAGAAACACUUACUCGACUUCGAGUCAAAGUUUGGCACAAUCUUUCCCCAAGAUUGGGAGGUUUCCGAACGAAUAGCUGUACAGUUCUGUCACGUUACGCGUGAAGACCUUGCGAAAUUAAUGAACAAAAGGCGUGGAGAAAUAGACGUAAAGUUGUUGCUUUACGCAAUUCAGAGGACCAGUAACUUCGAGUCACUUCUAGCAAAGCGUUUUAUCGGCAGUACUUUGGAGUCUAUUGAUGUCAAGAAUACGAUAAUCAAUGAUGAAGUGGCCGAAAAAAUUCCGGGAAAUCCUUUUGAAGAAGAAAAUGAAAAGAUUGAAAAUGAAAAACCAAGGUUGUCUCCAUUUGCAAAUCUCAUAGGAAGAUGUUUCGAACCAUACCUGAAUAUUUAUAUAGAAAGUUUGGAUCGUAAUUUGGCGGAUCUAAUGGAUAAGUUUGUGUCCGAUUCCAAAGCGCAACCGCCAGGCGCUAAAGAAUUCGACGGCAUUGAAGGUCCAAGCAGUGUCUUGAGCUCAUGCGCUGAUCUGUUUGUAUUUUAUAAAAAAUGUAUGCUGCAAUGUACGCAACUUAGCACUGGAUUAAUUAUGCUGAGCCUUGCUGAGACUUUUCAAAAGUAUCUACGGGAAUACGCACUCAAAAUCUUGCAGAAUAACUUACCUAAAAGUGGUAGUGCAGGAAUUAGCACACGCAUGAGCAGUAUUACUCGCGACUUCCCAGAUCUGCCAACGUCUGGCUUUAUUCAACACUUUCAGAGCUUUUUGAAAGAAGGAGAAACUGCCAGAUAUAGCAAAGAGGAGCAAUCUCGUAUAUGUUGUAUCUUAACAACAGCAGAAUAUUGUUUAGAAACGACACAGCAAUUAGAAAAGAAGCUUCGUGACAAGACGGACAAAUGUUAUUCCGACAAAAUCAAGUUAUCCCAAGAACAGGAUAUGUUCCAUAACGUAAUUUCCAAUUGUAUCCAGUUGUUAGUUCAAGAUUUAGAAACAGCCUGUGAAUCCGCCUUGACUGCAAUGACAAAGGUACAAUGGAGUUCUGUGGAAGUCGUGGGUGACCAAAGUAAUUAUGUUAAUACUAUAAUAGCGCAUCUUCGGCAAACAAUACCCACCAUUCGAGAUAGACUGUCUUCUUGUAGAAAAUACUUCACACAACUCUGCGUGAAGUUUGCCAGCUCUUUUAUACCAAAAUUAGUACAACAAUUAUUCAAAUGCAAACCAUUGAACACUGUCGGCGCGGAACAACUAUUGUUAGAUGUCCAUAUGUUAAAAACAGCUUUGUUAGAUCUUCCAUCGACGGGCUAUCAAGUACAAAGAAAAGCUCCAGCAACGUAUACUAAGGUUGUGAUAAAAGGAAUGGUAAAUGCCGAAAUGAUAUUAAAAAUUGUGAUGUCUCCAACGGAAUCACCCAGUUACUUUGUGACACAGUGCAGAAAGUGUUUGCCCGAUUUACUAUUCUCAGAAUUCCAAAAAAUUCUAGAUAUGAAGGGAUUGAAAAAGACUGAGCAAGUUCUAUUGAUCGAGCAAUUUAAACAACCUGAAAGCACGGAUACUGCGGGCACUACGAAGAGUCACGUAGUGCACAACAGCCCAGAACAUAAAGCUGGAAGAAGCAUUAAGAAACUAGAAAAGCUCACCAAAAGAAUUUAAAAACAUUCAUUGUAAUUGUAUAUAUUUAAUUUAGGAAGUCUUAUUUUAGAUUAAAAUAUAAUAAAAACCUUUAUACAAACUGGAAAAAGAAAUAGAUGUAGGGACACUGUCAAAUAAAUACA